CAAACAACCAUCACUAGUACCGGCUAUUCUGGAGCUCCAUAUGUAAGAAAUCCCCAAACCGAAGUUUGUCAAUGCCACGCUCCGUGCUGCAGUCUGGCUCCUGCGACAGUUCCGACAACUUCCCAGGACAGCUCUGCGUUUCAGGUCGAAAGUUUUGGUUCAGCUCCACCAUGGCAGCCUCCCAGAACGACCACACGUCCUCCGACAGCAACGUGGCGGGGACAACCACAAUUCCCGGUACACCCCUGCCAUACGACAGUGAGAAGCUGGAACAGCCAAAGGCUGAGGCACUCCCGCGAGAAAUCACAGGAUGGAAGUGGAUGGUGGCGACAGUCGUUAUUCUAUCUUCCAUAUUCCUAUACGCCCUCGACGCCACCAUCGUCGCCGAUAUCCAACCCGCCAUCGUCAAGGAGUUCGAUUCCCUGCAGAAUUUAUUAUGGCUCAGUGUCGGCUUCUUGAUGAGCGCAACGGCGACUAACAUGGACUGGGGUCGCAUUUACAGCCAGUUCAAGUCCAAAUGGCUCUACAUCUUCAAUGUGGUCAUCUUUGAAGUCGGUUCCGCUCUCUGCGGCGCUGCGCCCAAUAUCAACGCCAUGAUUGUGGGACGCGUCAUCUGCGGUAUUGGGGGAUCAGGACUUUACAUCGGCGUCAUGACUCUCAUCGCCGUUACCACCACCAUGGCAGAGCGUCUGAUGUGUGUAUCCGCUACCGGACUGGCCUGGGGUUUAGGCAUCGUGCUUGGCCCGGUCAUUGGAGGCACUUUCGAGGAGUCUUCCGUUAGCUGGAGAUGGGCCUUCUACAUCAACUUAUUCAUCGGUGGCGCCGGCGCUCCUGCCUAUUUCUUUCUGCUCCCCAGCAAAGACCCCCGCCCGGGUGUUGCGUAUAUGCAGCACGCGAAAGAGAUGGAUUAUAUUCAUGGCCAUCAACUGGGGUGGUAUCGUCUACGCUUGGAAUUCCGGACAGAUCAUCGGCCUCUUCGUUACCACCGGAGCGCUUUUCGUUCUCCUGGCAAUUCAGCAUGUUUGCACAAUUUUCACCACCGAGUCUCGCCGCAUCAUUCUGUCCAGUUCUUCCGUUCGUGUACGGUGCUCCUCCUCUUCGCUACGACCGCUGCUUCUGCAUCGGCCGCCUUCACGCCCAUCUAUUUUGUCCCUCUCUUCUUCCAAUUUACCCGAAAUGACGGCGCACUUGAUGCGGGCGUGCGGUUGUUGCCCUUGAUUGUUGUCCUUGUCGUCUUCAUCUUCGUCAACGGAGCUUUGAUGGCUAGAUUCGGCUAUUAUAUGCCAUGGUACACCGUGGGUGGACUGUUUGCGGUUGCUGGCGGUGCCUUGAUGUACACCGUGGACCAGAGCACCAGCGAAAGCAGCAUAUAUGGAUACACGGUGCUCAUCGCCGUUGGCGUGGGACUAUGGAUACAGGCUUCCUUCUCCGUAGCCCAGGCUGUGGUGGACCCCGAGAGCGUACCGCUGGCUAUAGGCUUCAUCACCCUCGCUCAGUUCCUAGGCAAUACCGUUUCGCUCGCCAUUGCUAACUCGAUAUUCCUGAACGAAUCCCAGACGAAGAUCCAGCGGAUUCUUGCCGAUGUCCCCAUUUCAGAGAUACAGGCGGCCGUUCAAGGUACUACAGGGGGUUUCCUGCAGAGCCUUGGCCCGGAUGUGAGGGCAAGAGUCUUGGAUGCCAUCAUAAGCUCCAUUGACAGGACGUACAUUCUUGUCAUCACUUCCGGCGCAUUAGUCACCGUGCUGAGCUUCUUCAUGAGAAAAGAAAAGCUGUUCAUCAAUGCUGGUGCUGCUGGAGCUUAG